UCGAUUAUUUUGUUUGUUCAAGAAUUGGUGUCAACGUUCUUUCAAGUUUUGAAACGAAGACAGAAGCAUAUCAUGAGACUGCCAUGGAAAAGAGCCUCGGUGGAUAAGGCCAAUGAACUUCAAACACAAGACUCUGUUGUACCCAUGAAACCUCACCAGUCGAUUGAGGCAGCGGUUGAGGAUCCUGUAGAUGAAGAAGAAACGCCGUUCGAGAAAAGUUUCGAAGAUGCGAUGAAAGAGUCAUUUGAUAUUGGUGGUAGAAGCCGUUCAUCUUCUUAUGACCCUAAUGAUCCUGACAAGGAGUAUGUGCCUCCUCGGAAGAUGAGUUGGUGGAUGCUUACCAUGUUAAUGUGUGGAUAUAUGGUAGGAAUUGGAGUGUUAUCCAUUCCUAGUGCUUUCCAAACACUUGGUUGGGUGGGAGGUGUUUUCAUUCUUACUGGAGUUUAUUUUAUCACCACAGCAACAGGAUACUUUCUGUAUUACAUGGGUCUGCGUUAUCCAACUAUACGGAGCUAUGCUUCCAUGAGUCGUCGACUCUGGGGAAAGGCAGGAAUGUAUUUUACCGCGUUCAUUGCGUAUUCCUACUUCUUUGCUUUGUUGACAAGUGACCUGCUAACGUCAUCCUUGACUUGGAAGAAUAUGUUGCAGAAGGAACAUAUAUGUACCGUGGCAUUUGCUGCAAUUGCAUACGCCAUGUUGCUUCUUGCUGGCCAAGCCCGAAGUCUGUUUGAAAUUACUUACAUCGUUCUAGUUGCUAUCACGUUUAUAGUGAUUCCUAUAAUCCUUGUUUGUGUGAGGUCUCCAGUAAUUGGUGCAGGUCUGGCGAAAACAUACGCCAGUUCGUCAGCAUCCUUUUAUGAAGGUUUGACUGCAGCAAUGGAUAUUAUUUUUGCCUUUACAGGUCACUUGAUUUAUUUUGAAUUUAUGGCAGAGUUGAAAAGAGUAGAAGACUUUCCAACAGCUUUAUGGCUUUCACAAACCUUUAGUUACGCAUGUUACUUAACGUUGUCAGCGGUUGCUUAUUAUUAUCUUGGACAUACUGGAAAGAUGGAGAGUCCGGUGACGUUGGUUAUCAAACAUGGUGCCAUACAUUAUGUGAACGAUGUUUUUAUGGUAAUUCAUGUUACUAUUGCUGGAACUAUUGGUGGAAAUGUGUUAAGUCGAGCAGUCCAAUGGGGUUUUCAGCCACUAAUUGCCGGAGGCUUGAGAAAGUUUCGAGAUGGUUCCAUCCGUAACAGACUUUGGUGGUUACUUUGGACGGGUGUCACUUACGGCGGAGCAUUUAUUGUAGCAGAGUUGAUUCCUUUCUUUUCAUCCUUUAUUGGCAUUAUGACUUCAUUAUUCUCUUCGUUUUUGACGUUUAUGGUGCCAAGUGCAUUUUACUUUUGGGAAUUUUGGCAUGACACUCGCUGGUAUCAAAAACUCUUGCCGUUUUUCUGUUUCCUUGUUGGUUUUCUUAUGUUGACAUUAGGAAGCUAUGGAACUUUCAAGAGUCUGAUAGUUGCCAUUGAACACACUGGAAAACCCUUUAGUUGUACUCGAAAAUUCUGAAAAUGCUCCUUUGUGUCGUAUUUA